AAGGUUGAAAUGAUUUUCUAACUUUCUUUGAUGGCAAUCAGCACAUUCUGCAUUUAAUCUAUGCAUCACUUUGCCGCACGCGUUCCUGAGAUUAGAAUCAAAACGUUCUUCAUCGGAUGGAUCUUUAUCGAUUGUUCCUUUUGGAAGAGGAAAACACUUGGACUCUUUUGCAACAAAUGCUCUCACGCUGUAUUUGGAGUCCGGCUUCUCAUCCAAGAUUCUUAUGUUCUUGGUGCCUGCAUUGUGGCUUACUUUUACUCGAUGUAGAUACUCUAUCUUUCGCUAAUGGAUUUAUGCCGAGACCAUCUUU